AGUCUCCUCUAUCGUCACUGAAUCUCAAUCCCCUUUAUGAUGGGCUGGAAGUGGAAGGGUCGUGAGGCUUGGCUAGUCGGUGCCCGCGGAAGCAAGCAAGAGCCUGACCUCCUCCCCCCGCUCAGAUGGAGACCCCUGGCUUCCCAUGGCGGCAGCAGCAGCUGGAUCCGGAUGGCUGCACCAAGCUGGAGCCUCAUGCCGGCGGCAUCAAGCCAAAGGGGGAGCCCUGCGAGGAGCAGGAGCCGCCGCCGCCGGCGGCGGCUCCAGACGACUGGGAGGUCACCCCGCUCUCCGGCGAGCACCCCUUCUUCACCACCGUCAUGUCCAAGAGUCAUGUCCAGAAGCAGUUCCAGCUGGUCAUCCCGGCUCGUCUGCACCGCCACCUCCCGGCGGCGCGCGUCCCCGCGGUGCUCCUCUGCCGCGGCCGGUCGUGGGCGGCGAGCUACUGCGGCGACCUCAAGUGCAAGAAGAUCGACACGGCGGCGUGGAGGGACUUCGCCCUCGACAACGCGCUGCGGGUCGGGGACGCCUGCGUCUUCGAGCUCAUCGCCGGGACUAGUGCAGGUAGUGAGGUGGUGUUCCGGGUGCAGGUGCUCCGCGGCGGCCUGCCGGAGGAGAUCACCUCCAAGGGCGCCACCCCCGACGAGCCCCUCGUCAUCGUCGACUAGAAGCCUAGAACCGCUGCUUCUUCUGUGGCUGCCUGUGGUUUAGUUCCUCUUCUAGCACUAGUAGUAGCCUGGACAGUAAGUAGUCGUUGCGUGCGUCAGCAGAGGAGAUCAUUCAGGAGCUUUUUUGGGUGUUUUGUUUGCUUGCUCUGUCCGAUCUCCGCCGUCUGAUCAUCCUUGCAACAAGUUCAGUGGAUGCUGAUUUCGCUGCUGUAACCAGCCACUUUUGACUGACACUUUUGUAAUCUGAAGUUUGGUUGUAAAUUCUUCUAGUGAUUGACCGCCUUAUUUGGGUCGUCUUCUUUCUUUC